AUGACAGGCCGUGGGCGAGGCAGAGGCAUUGUGAAAGUACGGGCACCAAACUUGGCAGCAGCAAGACGAGAAACAGCGGCGCCGGUCGUACCAAAGCAAGAAACCCCGAAAACACGUGGCCGGGGGCGAGGGGGACGAGGCCGUGGUGCUGAAAGAGGUGCACACCGCGGAAAUUCGAAUAUUAUCCAAACGGCUGGUAUCUUCUCGGAUGGCCUCGCUGAACUUGAAAAGAAGAAUAGACCAGUCGAACGAGACUUGUUCGUGAAGGCUGAACGGCCUGUUCGUGCUAAAGAGAAGGAGAACGGUGGCGAAGAGGUUUCGAAAACGUCGGCAUCGGAAAGUUAUGACCAGUACUGGACGAUCGAUCAAAAAGAGGAAGAUGCCGAAUAUAGCGAACUGAUCGGCCCUGGAUUACUUUCUGACUACAAGAAGGGCACCUUGCCGCCAGUCGUCUUACCACACCAUGAUGAACAUCAGUUUUUACAAAUGCUGCCAUCUAAAGUCAAACGGGAAUUCGAGAUCAGUGAAGCAAAUAAUGAAGCAUCGGAAAAGGAUCAAGGCGCCGAUCGACAUGAACAAUUGCAACAUCGCCACGAUGUAUCCCAAUGUCACGAUGAUGACGAGACAGAUACGACGUUCGCCUUCAGUCAACUGGCAUCAAAAACAUUCAAGCGGAUGCUCGACGAGGGCAAUAAGGAACUUAUCCUGUUGCAACUCCCAACGAUUCUGGGAACCCUAGUGAAGGACCUUCCGGUCAAAGAAGAAGCCGUUGUGAAGCAAGAGCAUGAGCAAGCGGCCGAACAACCCUCGAGCGUAUCGACAGAAAUGGCCUCGCCCGAACAAACUGCAUUGCCAAGGGGAAAACUAAUCGGCUGCUUGGUGAUAAAGAAGGAUGGGCAAACCUUUAUGGAAGUCGGCGCGGAGAAGAUUGAUAUCACCGCGACCUUUUCUGGAACCACCGGCGAGGCAAUUGUCGGAAUCGAAUUAAAGGACCCGAUACCCCCCAGAAACUCGGACGAUUUCUUCGGUUAUCCUUCCACAAUUGAUGCGCAGGCGACGACGAAUGCUCUGUACUUUUUCGGGAAUGUCGAUAACCAUAUGACGGCCAGUGUUGACUGGCAGAAUAUUAGAGACACCCGAUCCACUGCUAAACAUGAUGAAGCGGAAGCACAUCAUGCCUCUAGCGGGGUUGGUCCAUUAGAAGACUAUCGACGAAAAUUCAAGGAACUGGGAGAACAGGGCAGGCAGACCGCAGAAUCGUUGAAGAGCGCCCUGGCGCGGGUACGGGAGAAGAGCCAUAAA